UACAUUUUUUCUCUUGCUAAUAUAUCCCAUUUCUGCUAAACACACACACAUACACACUCUAAGAGGAGUGAACAUGAAUGAGUGCAGAUUAGACGCAAGGAGAUCAUCAUGGUGCUAUUUUCACCCCACACAGCUGGUUAUAGGAAUUUGUCCACUCUGCUUGAAUGAAAGGCUCUUAGUUUUAGCUUCCAAGCAAGCCCAUCUUCACCUUACACACAAACUUUUCCGUGCAACACCUAAAAGAGCUCCCUUGGCCCUAACUAAGAUUUUUGCUCUUACAACUUUGCUCAAUCGUCAGGACACCAAGCAGCAGAAACCUGAUCAUCAUCACUAUCAUUCUCACACUUCAUCCACUAGUCCAGAAGACUCCUUUAUAUCAAUCAAGUUUGAAGAAAAUGGUGUUGCCUCAUGGGACAAGGGCAAAAUCUCCGAAAUGCCCCACGAUCGACAAUCCGAGGUGUUGUCAUUGAAUGACAGUUGGGAGAAUAAGGGUAAGAAGAUCAAGACUGUGGUGGAGCAUGGAAAACCACGUGCCACACUGAGGUGGCGGAGGCGGAUUGGUCAGCUCCUUCAGCUCAUGAUCAGAUGGAAGAGGUCCAGCAAAGCCAAUAUGUGCCAUGUGGGCACAAAGCAGCUAGAAGGGGGAUCAAGAGUUAAAUAUGGGUGGGUGAAGACUCUUACAAAGAGGAGGGCCAAAGAAUAAAGGGGUUUGAAUAGAAAGAGACAUAUGAGCUUUUGCUUCACUUCCCCACAUUGUGUGUGCAUGUAGGCCUUGAGCCUUAGAUAGAGAGUUAAAUUAAUUGGACAAAUUUGAUGUUUUAUCUUUUUAAUGAAAUAAAACAUAUAUAUACACAGAACGUUGAGUUUGUAAGUGAUGAGGUGCUCCACUCAAGGGGAACAUAAGAAGCACA